AAAAUUUAAGAAUUUAGUGUUUCCAUUUUUACAAUGAUCUUAAUUAUGAUAUAUUUUACAAUAAAUUAAUAACGAAAUUCCACUUGUCCACGCACUUUAAGUUUAAAUUUUAUAAACAGGCAUUGUGCAUUUUAUAUAAACAACUAUUCAUACACAUGUUUCAAAUAAAGUCACUAUAUAUUUCACAACUGAUACACGUCGCUUUAUGUCUUAACUUUUGCGGGAUUUAAUUUUGCGUGUACGGUGAUAAUGUCAAAUAUUUCCAUCGGAUAACACAAUAAGAUAUAAUUAUUGAAUUAAUAUUAUUGAAAUAUUCUCGUCUCCGAUUUAUUCAUAAUAAAAAAGAAAUACAAUACUUAGGAAGCCUUCUCACACUGUAUAUGAAUGAAUUAAUAUCACAUAUAUAAACUUGACUCAUAGUGAAAUGCACGCUAUUGUUCACGAUGGAAGGGAGAAAAGUAUCGCACGGCGUAUCGAGUAAUACUGAAUAUUUUUUUUUGCCAAGACAGAAAUGUCAUAACUACGCUUGCGCAAACACAUUAUAUAAAAUAUAUAGUCUACACAGUAAGAAUAUUCCUCUCUGUUAUAAAUGGGGGUAAUUCAGAUAAUUUCGAUAAUAUUGCUAUUACCUAUAAUAUAUGUACAUUUCGCCGCUGUUAAAGUAACUACAGUCCUAUUUAUUUAACUACCAUUGUAUCACGCGAUAUGCAUACUUGAAAAUAUACGAAAAAAUUUCAAAAGGCAUUCUAGAAAUUCUGAGAGACGUUCCACUAUUGUGUCGCUGCUUUCGUACGUGAUGCAUGAAUUCAACAAGCGCUACUUUAAAUUGAAUCGAAUUCUCCUUAAAAUGGUUGGCUUGUGGCCUUAUCAACAGUCAUAUUUUAUACGAAUACAGAAAGGAGUGUUUACUGGAAUUUUUUUGACAUUUAUUAUUGUCCAGUUGCUGGUUUUUUUGACUGCAAUACAGCCUAAUUUGAUGUUUGUCCUUAAGAUUCUCUCGUUUGUCUUCCCCACUAUGUUUGUCACAAUGAAGUAUUGUCUUUUUAUCAUUCACGCAGACAGUAUGAAGCGGUUGCUGGAGCUAAUACGAAGCGAUUGGAAUUUCUUGAAAGACAAAGUCGAAAUUGAUAUUUUAGAAAAAUAUGCUUGGUAUGCAAGACUUCUUACAAUCAUAGCAUUCGCGUUUUCUUAUUGUUGUUUACUUUGUGCUGGUAUAUUACAAUUUCUACCUGUAAUACUUGACCUCAUAUUACCAUUGAACGAAUCACGGCCGCUUCAUCUGAUCGUGUUCGCGGAAUAUUUUAUCAAUCAAGAGGAAUAUUUAUAUGCUAUGUUGUUACAUGAAAUAUUUGCCGUGCAUCUAGCGGCAAUUGCGUUAUGUUGCACCAGUACGACUAUUAUGUCGUAUAUCCUGCAUGGAUGUGCAUUACUUAAAGUCGCUAGCUACAGGGUAGAAAAUGCUAUCGGAGAGGACAUAUUGGCGAUUCCUAGUCCUAAAAAGGAAUAUCUUUUAUACAGGAGAAUUGUAAAUGCGGUUAUUAUUCAUCGACGGGCUAUUGAGUUCAUCGACGUUUUUACAUCGAGUUUUGCAGUAUCAUACGAUAUUCUGAUCAUAAUUGGCGUUAGCUCUUUGAGCAUUAAUCUCUUCCAAUUUCUUCAAAUCAUUACAACAAAGAAUACUAAUGAGAUAUUCGUUGUCAGUGGAUUGAUAAUUACUCACUUAAGUUACAUGUUUGGUGGUAAUUAUGCAGGGCAACAAAUAACAGAUCAUGGAACAAAGCUACACCAAGCAACUUAUAAUGCACCGUGGUACGUAGCACCAUUGCAUACACAAAAAUUGAUGUUAUUUAUAAUGCAGAGAGCGAACGUAGAUGUCACGCUAACAUUUGGCAGCAUAUUUGUUGCAUCUUUGGAAGGGUUUUGUUCGCUCACGAGUACGGCGAUAUCCUACUUUACGAUGCUUUAUUCUACACGAUAGUAAAAAGUGAAAGUAUAGAAAAUUCAUUAUUAUUAAUUAUUCAUUAUUAAUUAGAUAAAUUUGUUUGAAGUAUAGUUGUGUAACACAUAUAUUUAGAAUUUGUUCAAUAUAGCAAAGAAAUAUUGCUUUAUUUCUAAUAAUGUAAGUACAAUUAUUAGAUUAUGUACAAUAUAUAACAUUUCGAUUAUAUAUAAUAUUUCGAUAUUUUGACAAAUAUAGUUACUUAUCAAUUUUAUAGGCUUAAUAGUUUUAUAGCUGUAACUCUUACACAUUAGCAAAAGAUCACUUCAGUAUUAAGUAGUGGCGAUUAUUACAGUUAUAAGUACUUUUACUACGGUUAUAAGUAUAGUAAUAAAAACACUAUUAAAUAAUGUUUCUAAUAUAUGUAUAAAGUAGUAUAUUAUAUUAUAAAUUAAAGAAAACUGCAUAGAAUUUAGAAUAUUAAAGUUUAAGAAUCUCGUGUUUCAAGUUCUAUUUUACGACAAUCUUUAAUUUUAGAACAAUAUAUUUUACAAAUUGCAGAACUAUAUAUUUAAAUAAAUAAUCAAAUUCAACAUA